UUCAAAUCUGAACCCAACCAAACACUGAAAAAUGCUCCUCCUCGGAAUAUCAUCCUUGACGUUAACGUUGCUGUGCUUCUCUUCCUGGUUUCUGUGGGGUGAGGCUCAAGUGCUGGCGACGUGUUCCAACACAGUGCCGUUAAAGCACCGCACCGACAACAUUUCCAUAACGGAGUUCGGUGGUGUGGGUGACGGACGCACCCUCAACACCAAGGCCUUCAGAGAGGCCGUGUACAGGAUUCAACAUCUGGCAAAGGAAGGUGGCACGCUCCUUUAUGUGCCUCCGGGGGUGUACUUAACGGAACCCUUCAACCUUACUAGUCAUAUCACACUGUACCUCGCUUCCGGUGCCGUCAUCAAGGCCACGCAGGAUUCGUCAAAUUGGCCUUUGAUUGCACCUUUGCCAUCUUAUGGAAGAGGAAGGGAGCUGCCUGGAGGAAGGUACAUGAGUUUUAUCCAUGGAGAUGGAGUUCAGGAUGUGGUGAUCACAGGUGAAAAUGGGACUAUUGAUGGGCAAGGGGAUGCGUGGUGGAAUAUGUGGAGGCAGAGAACUCUUCAGUUUACUAGACCAAACCUUGUUGAAUUUGUGAAUUCCAGGGAUAUUAUCAUUUCAAAUGUAACCUUCAAGAAUUCACCCUUUUGGAACAUACACCCAGUUUACUGCAGCAAUGUUGUUGUUCGAUUUGUCACAAUUUUGGCUCCACGUGACUCUCCUAAUACUGAUGGCGUUGAUCCAGAUUCAAGUUCAGAUGUCUGUAUAGAGGACUCGUACAUAUCCACUGGAGAUGAUCUUGUGGCUGUGAAGAGUGGAUGGGAUGAAUAUGGGAUUGCUUAUGGCCAUCCUAGCUCCAAUGUCACUAUCCGGCGGGUAAGUGGAUCCUCUCCAUUUGCUGGGAUUGCUAUUGGCAGUGAAACAUCUGGCGGGGUGGAGAAUGUAGUAGCUGAACACAUAAACCUUUACAACAUGGGAAUUGGUAUCCACAUUAAGACAAACAAUGGCAGGGGAGGGUAUAUAAAGAAUAUAAUAAUGUCUUAUGUGUAUGUUGAGGAAGCAAGGACUGGAAUAAAGAUUUCAGGUGAUGAUGGUGACCAUCCUGAUGACAAAUUUGAUCCUAAUGCUCUCCCUAUAGUGAAGGGUGUCACAGUAAAAAACGUGUGGGGUGUGAAGGUUUUGCAAGCUGGCUUGAUAAAAGGAUUGAAAAAUUCACCUUUCACUGAGAUUUGCUUGUCUGAUAUCAACUUUCAUGGAGUGACUGAACCUAGAACUCCAUCUUGGAAGUGUUCUGAUGUGUUUGGAUUUGCUCAUCAGGUUAGCCCUUGGCCAUGUUCUGAGUUUAUCAGCCACCAACAAGGAUCAUGUGCCAGUUACUCCUAAGAUUCACAGCAAUUUUUCCACUUUUUAGCUUUAUUGAU